CUUAUGUCUUGAAAUCAGUGGUGAAAAGUAAUUUCAUUGGGUAUACCUUUCAGGGCCUGAACAACAUACAGAAUAGUGAUCAUGGCACUUUUUUUUUAUUUUUAAUGUGGGACAUUUUUUUAUAUAAGCUUUGUUCUCUUUGAAUUCAGCUUUUGUCUUAGGCCAGCAAAACCUGGUUUGGCUAACUCAGGGAAAGAACUGUGUUAGUCAAGCAUAAGUUUAGGAUCAAAUGUUAGCCUUUCUUAAAUAUCUGCUUUGUAUCACAGAUGUAAAAUAUUGUGAGUUUAACCAAUGAUAAACUUUGGAACGCAGUCUUUAGUAACUAUACUCUUCCUCUAAACUUUGCUUUUCUACCAAUAUAUAUGACAUGAAAAUCAGUUUCCCAUGCGCUCCUGCCAACUGUCUGAUAAGGAAUUUUUUGCAUGUCUUUUCUGAAUAACGAGUACAAGGCGCCUCAGCUUGUGUAGUGUUGGUGCAGGAUUACUGGACAUGACCAACAACAUCAAUAGCUCACAGAAUCCUGAAGCAUCUCGUGAGAAGUGUGCCUUGUAUCCUGUGAGUCUCCUGGUAGCUGAGGUGCUGAAGUGAUGGCAAAGGGUGGCAUGUGGUCAGGCAUGGAGACGAUAAGGAGAUCAUUGCCACUCGUUGUCCAUCAGUCCCUGCAGAUAUCCAUGACCAGCACAGUAUAAUGUGAAGCACUGUUAGAAUAUGUCUGUGUGUGGGUGUUUGUGUUUGUGUCUGUGUAAUGAAUUUUUUGUUUUCAGUCUCUCAACUCACUGUUCAUCUGCUGAUUUAAUAUUGACAGUAAAUCUUUCCUCUUGUAAAAAGGUAUGAGUUUGUUGCCAUUAUGAUCCACUUGUGGAACUAGACUGUGUACCUAUAUAGCAGAUUGUGCCGGUAGCCAUUAUCUGGCUAUAUACACAGCCACUUGAAGAAAACAAACAUGAGAUAAGUUUGGUCCUUGUGUUUCAAUCCUAUAUAGUCAACAAGCACAGAGCUAAUCAAUCUCAUUUCUUUCUCAAUUGACUAGGAGCUGCUUAUUUCUUCUUUUUUUACAUGGAUUUUAUAAUUGGCUUCCUUUAAUUUCUACUUAAGUCACUCUAGAUAGUAUGAACAGCAAUUAUCUGCCUGGUAAAGGUGUUUUCCAGGGUUAGGAGUUAAUACAAAAGAACUAUUUACCUUGUUAGAGCCUCAGCCGUUUAGUCAGACCUUUUAACAUACCCAUACUUUGCUUUUUCCAUCUUCAAAAUAAAAAUGGUAAAUCUUUUUAAUGCUUUUUGAAAAAAGUGGGGGUUUUUUUGCAUUAAAAAGUAGUUUAAUAAGUGCUAAAGGUUCUAAAAUGGCGAACCGCACGGUAAAGGAUGCGCACAGCAUCCACGGCACCAACCCUCAAUAUCUGGUGGAGAAGAUCAUUCGGACGCGAAUCUAUGAGUCCAAGUACUGGAAAGAGGAGUGCUUUGGGCUUACCGCUGAACUUGUAGUCGAUAAAGCCAUGGAGUUAAGGUUUGUGGGUGGCGUCUAUGGUGGCAACAUAAAGCCAACUCCCUUUCUGUGUUUGACCUUGAAGAUGCUUCAGAUUCAACCGGAGAAGGAUAUUAUUGUUGAGUUUAUAAAGAAUGAAGACUUCAAGUAUGUCCGCAUGUUGGGAGCCCUUUACAUGAGGCUGACAGGCACUGCAAUUGAUUGCUACAAAUCCUUGGAGCCUCUGUACAACGACUAUAGAAAAAUCAAGAGCCAGAACCGAAAUGGGGAGUUUGAACUGAUGCACGUAGAUGAGUUCAUUGAUGAACUACUGCAUAGUGAGAGAGUAUGUGAUAUCAUUCUGCCCCGACUACAGAAACGCUAUGUGCUCGAGGAAGCUGAGCAGCUGGAGCCUCGGGUUAGCGCUCUAGAAGAAGACAUGGAUGACGUGGAGUCUAGUGAAGAGGAGGAAGAGGAGGAUGAGAAGUUGGAGCGAGUACCAUCACCCGAUCACCGGAGGAGAAGCUACCGCGACUUGGACAAGCCCCGUCGCUCUCCCACACUGCGCUACAGGAGGAGUAGGAGCCGUUCUCCCAGAAGGCGGAGUCGGUCUCCAAAAAGGAGGAGCCCCUCCCCUCGCCGAGAAAGACAUCGGAGCAAGAGUCCGAGACGGCACCGCAGCAGGUCCCGAGAUAGACGGCACAGAUCCCGCUCCAAGUCCCCAGGUCAUCACAGUAGUCACAGACACAGGAGCCACUCAAAGUCUCCUGAAAGAUCUAAGAAAAGCCACAAGAAGAGCCGGAGAGGGAAUGAGUAAUGGACUCAGUUUGGGUUUAGUCCCAAUGGCCUCCUUCGGAUAUGAAGGCAUCUGUCUAUGUGGAAAGAUUAAAAUCUACUCCCCAGGCAGCUAUGAAAAUAUUUUAGGGUUUUUUUUAACCUAAAAGUUUCUCCACCUUUUUUUUAAAUUUUUUUUUUUAAUGCAAGAGGUGCUGAGUUUUGUAUCUCUUUGAAUCCUAAUCCACGUGUUUAAGGGAUAACGCUUCCCAAGGACUGCUUUUGACCCCUUUGUACAACCAGCCUUGACUGUACUCAAAUAUAUGAGGGUAGAAAGGAUUUGAAGGGUGGAGGGUAUGAGUGACAAGGAGAGGAUGUGGCCACCUAGUGAUCCUUUUGUUAUUAAAUUUGACACACCAUUCUAAAAAAAAAUAAUAAUAAUAAGUGCUAAAAAUAUCAAAACAAUAAUAGAUUUGAAUCAUGAAACUACUUAAUAAGAGUUACCAGACAUUUCUCAAAUACAUUAUGCAGUGAUAUUGAAUUAUAACCAUGUAAUAUUUUGUGAAACUAAUUUUAAAAUGAAUUGAA